AAGAGAGAGAGAGACUCCUGCUGUACGGAGAGACAGAGGAGAAGAAGAACAGACAGACGGACGGACGGACGGACGGACAGACAGCACCGGGGAGGAUGGGCAGGCAGAGCCGUCGGUAGCGCUCUGUUUUCAGAGACGCAGCUCCAGGAUGAGCGUAGCGCUGCAGGACCUCCGGAACACCAUGUCCAGCUAUAAGCGAGCUACAUUUGACGAGGACGAUGUGUCAGACACUCCAGCUGAGGCGGCCUCGUCUCCUGACAGAGUGGAGGUGGGUUUCAGGAAGACAGGUGUGGACGUCCUCAGCAGGAGGACACAGCUGGAGCUUCUUCUCUCUCUGCUCUUAUUGGCUGCUCUUCUUGCUCUGAUCGUAUGUUUGCUGCUGCUCGGCCUCGGACUCAGCUCAGACAGUGGGCGUGGCCUCUGCCUGUCGGAGGUGUGCGUCACAGUAGCCAGUCAGAUCGUGGAGGCGAUGGACCGCGGUGUCGACCCCUGCCAAGACUUCUACCAGUUCUCCUGCGGAGGUUGGAUGAGGAAGAACCCGCUGCCGGACGGACGGUCGCGCUGGUCGACCUUCAACAGCAUCACGGAGCAGAACCAGGCGCUGCUCAAACACCUGCUGGGUAAGACAGAGAACGGGACGUUUAACGGCAGCAGCGAGGCGGAGAGGAAGACUCAGUCGUACUACUUGUCGUGUCUCAACACCCAGAGGAUCGAGGAGCUGGGAGCUCAGCCUCUCAUUGACCUCAUCGCCAAGAUCGGCGGCUGGAACAUGACGGGUCCCUGGGAGAAGGAGAACUUCAUGGAGGUCCUGAAGGUGGUUUCUGGUCCAUACAGAGCUCUGCCUUUCUUCAGCGUUGGAGUCGGCGCCGAUCCCAAAAACUCCAACAGCAACGUCAUCCAAGUCGACCAAUCAGGGCUUUCCCUACCAUCCAGGGACUAUUACCUCAACAAGACGGCCAAUGAGAAGGUGCUGGUGGCGUACCUGGAGUACAUGGUGGAGCUGGGGAUACUGCUGGGUGGGGAGAGGAGCUCCACCCACAUUCAGAUGCAGCAGAUUCUGGACUUUGAGACCGCGCUCGCCAACAUCACCGUCCCACAGGACCAGAAACGAGACGACGAGAAGAUGUACCACAAGGUGACCAUUGCAGAACUACAGCUCCUGGCGCCGGCAGUGGAUUGGUUGGACUUCCUGUCAUCCGCUCUGUCUCCUCUGGAGCUGAACGACACUGAACCUGUCGUCCUGAACACCAGAGAGUUCAUCCAGCAGGUGUCCGAGCUCAUCAACAAGACUGACCGCAGCGUGUUGAAUAAUUACAUGAUGUGGACGCUGGUUCAGAAGAGUGUGGCCAGUCUGGAUCAGCGCUUCGAGAACGCUCAGGACAAACUGCUGGAGAGUCUCUAUGGAACCAAGAAGUCCUGCACCCCACGCUGGCAGACCUGUAUUGCGUACACUGACGACAAUCUGGGCUUCGCAUUGGGAGCGCUCUUUGUUAAGGCGACGUUCGACAAACACAGCAAAGAGAUCGCUGAGGAGAUGAUCAACGAGAUCCGAUCAGCGUUCAAGGACGCUCUGGACAGACUCAGCUGGAUGGACGACCAGACCAGACAGGCUGCAAAAGAAAAGGCAGAUGCGAUCUACGAUAUGAUCGGAUUCCCAGAAUUUAUCCUGGACCCAAAAGAGCUGGAUGACGUUUAUGACGGGUACGAUGUGUCAGACGACAGCUUCUUCCAGAACAUGUUGAACUUCAACAACUUCUCAGCGCGAGUGAUGGCCGACCAGCUGAGGAAGACUCCCAACAAAGACCAGUGGAGUAUGACUCCUCCCACAGUUAAUGCCUACUACAUGUCCACUAAGAACGGCAUCGUCUUCCCUGCUGGGAUCCUACAAGCUCCUUUCUACGCCCACGACCACCCUAAGGCACUGAACUUUGGAGGAAUCGGGGUGGUGAUGGGUCACGAGCUCACUCACGCCUUCGAUGAUCAGGGUCGCGAGUACAAUAAAGAAGGAAACUUGAGGCCGUGGUGGCAGAACUCGUCUGUGGAGGCGUUUCGUCAGAGAACGGAGUGUAUGGUGGACCAGUACAGUCGCUACACCGUCAACGGAGAACACGUCAAUGGAAAACAGACGCUGGGAGAAAACAUCGCUGACAAUGGAGGCCUGAAGGCUGCGUACCAUGCCUAUCGGUCGUGGGUCCAGAGAAAUGGAGAAGAAAAAAGACUUCCUGCCGUCAACCUGACCAAUGACCAGCUCUUCUUUGUGGGAUUUGCUCAGGUGUGGUGCUCAGUUCGGACACCAGAGAGCGCUCACGAGGGCCUGGUGACUGACACCCACAGCCCCCCCAGAUACAGAGUCAUCGGGACGCUCGCCAACUCCCCGGACUUCAGCCACCACUUUAGCUGUCCCAUCGGGACGCCCAUGAACCCCGGGACGCGCUGUGAGGUCUGGUAGACAGACUGAAGGGGGGGGGGGGUGUUACCUGAGUUGAUCACCUGAUCACCUGAGUUGAUCAGGUGAUCAUUAGAUCAUUAGGAGCGUUCCAGGUGUUAACUUCAGUUUCAUACAAAUAUUAGAAAACUGUUUAUUAGACGAUCCGACGGACUUCCUGUCUGGAAGAUAAAAGACUCAGUGGACUUCACAUGAAGAGACACAGAGGACUGAUGAAGAUGAUGAAGAAGAUGAAGGUCGACAAGGUUUCUGCUUCAUCACCAUUAUUAUUAUUAUUAUUAUUAUUAAUGGGCUUUGGUUUGUGUGUGUGAGUGUGUUGUCGUGUGAAAGGUCUUUGUGAUUCUCUCUGUCUCUCUCUGAUGACAUCACUGUUACAUCACAACUCAUCGAUCCACGAACUCGUGUCUCAGUCAGAAACUUGAUUUUAAACUUUAAGGUGUAAAAAUGAAAAACCUCAGGUGAGUGGAGAGUAACAGAAACAUGAUCCAGGUGUGAUCCAGGUGUGAUCCAGGUGUGAUCCAGGUGUGAUCCAGCGACGUGAAACAGUCAAAGUGAAACAGGAGUAAAUAACACACGCCAGCCUCUCAGCCGGGCGCCAUGUGAUGCUCUCAGUUCAUUUUUUAGAGUAAUGAUAUAAAAUAGAAUUCUUAAAAUAUAAAAAUAUCAAACAAAUUUUAUAACUUCUGAAGAAAAUGUUGAAAUUGAUCAGUCUCAUCUUUUCACUCUGUCUUUAUGGCUUUGUAUUUAUUUUACUUUGUUAGCCAUCUGCUAGCUUGCUUACUUGUUAGCGUCUGUAGACAGUCAUGUUAAUGUUAGCAUCCAUGUUUAUGUUGCCAAGCAACAGUGUUCUUACAACCAAACCACCUGAAUGUCAAAUGCACACGACUUUACAUCGUGACCACGAGCUGAAGGUCGUUAACACGUCACAGGUUUAGCAGCGGAGGUCACAACCAGGAAACACGUAAACAUGUGCAUUAGCAUGUUGAGCUACAGACGCUAAUGUGUUGUGUGGACGUUAAGGAGACAUGACUCAGUCUGAACGUGUCUGUUACUCACACAAUCAUCUGACGACAUCAAAAAGUACUAAACACUAAAAAUCACGAAUCAUUUACCAAACAUCUUCAAAAUAUUAGUUUGGCUUAUGAAAUCGUUUCAGCUCCAAAUUAAAAUGUUUCAGCUUUUUUAAUACACAGUGUUUUCUUUAUAUAUUAUAGGGUUGAAAUAUAAAAAUAAUAUUUUACUGUACACUUUAUACAGGUACUGCUAAAUUUAUAGCUGGAUCUUGAAAUCAAUGAAUGUUUUGUGGUUGAUUAAAGGUUUGAGGUUUGAAAAUUUACAUUUUCCAUGUUAAUCGUCGUUAAAAUCAAAAUCUCUUAAUGUCACAGUUAUUUUUGCCUUUAAUUCCAAUGAGAUCGUUAACAAGUUGAAGUAUUUCAGUUUCUGAGUGUAGGUGAUGUAUGAAUGUCUUAUAUGCUAGUGUUGUCAUGGUAACCAGCAAUUAUUGUGUUUGUGCCAACAACAGUGAGGAACAGGAAACAGCCUUAAAAUUUUACAAUAAGACGUGAAUUUGGAAAGUUGCCUUAAAAAUGUAAGAAAACGCCUUAAAAAAACGAGGAGAAAAUCAGCUGCUGAUGUGACCUGUUGCCAUGAAAGUCAAAUCAAGUCAGGAUUAUGUUUUAACAGUGUAACCUCAGAGUUUUGACCGCGUGAUGUCAGAGCGAGCGUUCAGGCGUGAGGCGUUCAGGUCGACCUGAGUCACAACUUAUUCACUAUAACAGUGAAACUUAAUACGUUUGAGGCUGGAAGUAAAAUUAAUUUGUUUUAUUUCUUUAUCUGAAGUUUUAUUUUUUAACGAGACAAAUCAUGUGCCUCGUCUGUCACGUGAUCAGAACCGCGACAGGAAACAGCAGAACCUGUAAAAAACACGAUUAUUCAAUGAAAGAAAAGUGAAACAUUAGUUUAAAGUCCCUUAGUCUUCAUGACCCAUGAUCCUUUAGUGUUGUUGUUCAGUGCAGGUACCUGACUGUGACAGCAGGUGGAGCUAUUAGCCUGUUCACCUGAAUUUCUCCCACUGACACAAACUGAUUAUUCAGAUAUGGAGGGGUGUGUGUGUGUGUGUUUUGUUUUUUGUUGAGUAGAAGAUGAAGCUGCUUCCUGCCAAAGAUGUGUGUGUGUUUUACGUUGUGAGGUCAGAGGUCACAUGUUGAGUUUCUCUCUGUGUGGACGACACCAUCAAACCCGACAUGAAACGUCCCAGAAAUGUAACAACGACGCAGACCUGAGAUUUGUCUAUUUGCUAGUGUUUGUCGGUGGAAUUGCAGAACAACGCAGACACACAGCAGCAUCUACUCCGGAUAUUGGACCGAGGUCAAAGGUCAAUGGCCUGACACAGUUUCAUGUAGUAUGUGUGUGUGUGUGUGUGUGUGCUUCAGGGGUCAAAGUUGUAUAGUAUCGUAUGUGUACAGUAGUCGACUGUAGAUCUGAUGUAGAUUAAACUCAGCUUCUUCCUCCAUCUCUGUCCUUUGGGGGGCGGCAUCGCUCUGCUUGUCCAAUCAGAGAGCAACUGUUGUCGGACGCAGAUGUUUCCCAGAUGUUUACGGACGCUGCAGAAACAUGAGAAACAUUAAAGAGAAAUGAUUCACAACAUCUGCUUGUAUCUGUUGUCUGCUGCCCUUCAAAAUAAAAGAUCUGUCGUCUGCUGACAUUCAAAAAA